AUGAUUCAAGGGAUUGCUAUACAUAUGAGGCAAGCGAGAUCCUUGGUCUCAAAAAUAUAUUCUGAUAGGCCCUAUCAACCGCUUAUCAGUGAGGGAUACAAAGGGAUCCUGAAGAUUGUAAUCCCAAAGAACGUCGACUUGACCAAUCAAGUGAUCAAUACAGAAAGAGAAAGUGACUUGAAGAGGAUUGUCGACUGCUUUGAUGCACCCAUCUAUUUUGCGUAUGGCUAUGGAUCUGGUGUUUUUGAGCAGGCAGGUUAUCAGAAUAAGAGGUUGGCUCGGCCCCAAAUUGAUCUCAUACAUAUAGUUGAAGAUCCUCAAAAGUUUCACGAAGCAAAUCUAAGGCAGUUUCUGGAUCAUUACUCUUUUCUUAAGUUUCUCAGCGCCGGAUCGAUUGCUGAAAUACAGAAUCUUGGCGUUGGUCUAUACUUCAACCCCUUUGCUGUCAUUGACAACUCCCUUAUUAAGUAUGGAGUAAUAAGUGUCGAUAAAACGUUACUAGAUUUAAGCGAAUGGUCAUCAUUAUACCUCGCGGGUCGCUUGCAGAAACCUGUGAAGUAUUUAGUGGAUAAAGAAACUACGACUCACCCAAUGAUCAAAUUUCUCAACCAAUUUAAUUUGAAAAACGCCAUGACUUUGGCUAUAUUGUUACUCAAGAAAGAUCAUUUCAAUGAGAUUGAGUUAUAUGAGGCUAUAGCUAAUAUAUCAUAUGUUGGCGAUUUCAGGAACUUAAUUGGAGGAGAAAAUCCAAAUAAGGUCAAAAAUAUAGUCAAUAAGCAAUAUGAUAACUUCAAGAUAUUGUAUGAGCCCAUAUUGGCAUACUUUAUCGAUAAAGGGUUUAUAGAAGUAAUGAGAGACGAAGAUGGGAUUAAAAAGUUUAGAAAAAUCUUGAAUGCUGAGUCAAAGAGCUUUUUAAUCAGUAAGAUGCCGAUCCAGUUCAGGAGGAAUUUGUACCAAUUGUACAAGGAUAAAUCAAUUAGGGAAAUAGCGAGAGAUAACAAUUUGAACAUAAACUUGAACAGAGUUGUCAAGAAAAUUGUAAGAGUCCCUUCAUUAGUUCAAUUGCUAAAGGGUAUAUUAACCGCUGGACCAGUGAAAUCAUUCAGAUACGCAUUAGAAAAGAAUAUGAAAUUUAGAACAGCUCAAUAA